AUGACCGCUGAACGGUAUUCCCCAGCUCAGGACGUAGUCGCAGCCAGAAUUUCAUUCAUUGACAACGACAAAGACUUCAUCAACGAGAAGCCCUACAUGUCCUUAUUGCCAAGCGAUGGAACAUUCCCAACGACAAAUUGUACCUUUUCAUCUAGCCACACGGUCCCUAUCAUUGACAUGCGUCCGAAUUUGCCUCUCCUCAAUAGGAAAAAAACACCCCCGAAGGAUCUUCUUACCUACGUUCAAGAGGUCACUGAUAUUACAAAGACUCUUCUGGGCGCCGAGAAGGCGAUUUGUAUUGACUGGAGAUUCCGAAAAGCAUCCCCAGAGGAUUCUAUCGACCUAUGUGAGGACAAGAGUUAUGCCAGAGACCUACCCAUUGAACCGGCCUACAAAGCUCACUCAGAUUUGUCUCCCCAGGGCGGCUGGAUGACGCUAAGAGCGUACCUGUCGGCAUCUGAGCUUGCCAUGGUCGAAAGUAAAGAAUGGAGAGCUAGGGUGAUCAAUUGCUGGCGCCCGUUGGUGCCAGUGGUCAAUGACUGUCCACUUGCUUACUGCCGGCCGAGCACUGUUCUUGCAGAGGACUGUAUCCUUUACGACAGAGUUGAUGGUAGCACUGGCGGAGAAGGGACCUUUCUAAAGCGAAGUGACAAGCACGAAUGGCAGUGGGUUUCAAAACAGACAUCGGAUGAACUUAGCUUGUUCCAGAGUUGGGAUUCUUCUGAUCAGAACUUCCGAGGUCUCACAUUUCAUGCCGCGUUCCAGCACCCAAAUUGGGAUGGGGUCGGACUUAAUCGAGAGAGCCUCGAGCUCCGCAUCAUUGUACUGUCUAAGAUACAGCCAGACGGUCGAGUAAUGAGGAAGUGA